CCCUCUUCGCCGUCUCCGGCCACCGUUGCUGCGAGGUUUGUGGUUGAUGCUGUCAUCGUUGCUACAUCGUAUGUACUCCGUCUUGUUGUCGUCUCCUUCGCCUUGUUGCUGUCGUUCGCGCCCUGCUGGUUCUGUCGCGGUUGCGUUGUUCAUUGUUGCUACUGGCGUCUCCGUUCCCUACCCUAUUGGCUUCUUUGCGCACUAAUCCAGGAUUAUAAGCAGCAGAGACCCUCUCAAGAGCUUGUUGCGAAAGACCUGCAUGGUGUGGAGUGGAAAUUUUGUCAUAUUUAUAGAGGUCAACCAAGGUGGCAUCUACUCACUACUGGCUGGAGUAUUUUUGUGAGCCAAAAAAAUCUUGUUUCUGGUGAUGCAGUGCCUUUUCUAAGGGAUGAAAAUGGAGAACUGAGAUUGGGAAUCAGAAGAUCUGUUCGGCCUAGAAAUGGUAUUCUUGAAUCAAUUGUUGGCAAUCAGAACUAUUAUCCCAAUAUCCUAUCUUCUGUGGCAAAUGCUAUAUCCACCAGAAGCAUGUUCCAUGUUUUCUACAGUCCAAGAUGCUUUAGAGGUUGGCUCGGACUGGGGAUUGGCGGUGGUGGUGCGAAAUCAUUUUGGGAAUGUGGUGGCGGCAGGAACAAAACCUCUCACUGCUGAUUUGGGCCCUGAAUAUGCAGAAGCAUGUGCCAUAAAAUUUGGAGUUAGCUUUGCUGUGGAACAUGGUUUCAAUGCUGCAAUUGUGGAAUCUAAUUGCAAAGUUGUGGUUGACACUAUUGCAAGGGGUGGAACGCAUGGCUCAUACCUGGGAUAUAUUCUAGCAGAUAUAAUUAAUUUAGGUGUCAAUUUUCAGUCUUUUACUGUUAUCCAUGUAGGUAGGAAAGCCAAUGUUGUGGCUCAUGAUUUGUCUAAAUUUGCUUUGUCUCAUGCAAAUUGUACUUGGGUGGGUGUUACUCAUUGUAUUCAGCACUGUGUGCUUAAGGAUAUUGUAUCCAUAUUUGAUUAAUGAAGUAUUAUGAUUU